AUGACAUGUCGGAGUGGUAACAGCUAUAAUCCAUCCUACUUAAACCUCACAAUCCGUGCAGAGGAACCACUCACACUUAUCUUGAAACUUCCUCCAAUCGCUCGUGCUCAAGGGGAUCAUGCUUUUCAAAUUUCUCUCCAUUCUACAUUCCAAAUUAGCAGUUUCUUUGUCUCAUUUCAAGUAUCUACCAACAUGUCUCAGGAAUCUGGCAAGCAAAGCGCUCCUGGUCUUGUUCCUGUGAAGAAUGCUCAUGGUGUUAGAUUUCUUGGUUUGAAAUCUCCGUCCUCCCACUCCACUAGGGUUACUCGAUCUUCCUCUGGAAUUGCUGCUCAAUCAUCUUCCCCAGGACACUCUCCCACUCCUAAAAAGAUGCGAACCAAGCAAGUUGUGACAAAGAAGAAGACUCUCCGUUUCUCUCCACCACAGGACACCUCUCCAAUCAGUGAGUCAGAUACUGAAAAUGUGGCUGAUAUUCCUGAUCUAGACAUUGUGCAUGCUGAAGAUUUGCUGGAUCUUGCAAGUGCAAGGGUUUCUGAACCUCCGGUUCAAUCAAAUGUGGAGAAAUCCACUUCCUUCUCUGAAGACUCUGUCGAUGUUCACGAUGAUGCUCCUCCUAUGAAGAAAUCAGUAAUCAAGACUGGCUCUGCUAAAGCGCCUCCGGAAACUUCCUCCAGGAAAGGGAAAGAGCAUGUAAUCCUUGAUUCUGAUGGCGAUACUUCUGAUGAUGUUGAUGUGACUGUGAAGAAUAUAGAAAGCAGGUUGAGGAAGAAGAUGAAACACGCAACACCGGUCAAGUCAACUAUAAGGACCCCUAAGGACUCCAAAGCUGCUGGCUCUGUAAGGAAAAGCAAAGGCGAGACAACAAGCAAAGGAAAAGGGUUGAAUGUUUCAAACAAGAAGAGGAAGCAUGUCUCUGACCAUGAGUCAGAUCAAGAUGGUGAACCAACCAUGCCUGACAUCUCUACAACUACAAGGAAGAGGGUUAAGGGUAAACGAGUUCCCAUGAAUGUUGCUGAUGUCCCUUUGGACAAUGUUUCUUUCCACUAUGCAGAUAAUGCUCAGAGAUGGAAGUUUGUCUCCCAUAGACGCAUUGCUAUAGAGAGGGAGUUGAGUGAGGAGGCCUUGGAAUUCAAGGAGAUCAUUGAUCUCCUCAGUAAAGCUGAGUUGAUGAAGACUGUCAAAGGUAUUGGCAGGUGUUAUGAGAAACUUGUGAGGGAGUUUAUUGUCAACAUUUCCUCUGACUAUGAUGAUGCAGGGUCUGCUGAGUUUCACAAGGUUUUUUUCAGGGGAAAGUGUGUGCAUUUAUCUCCAGUUGUGAUCAAUGAAUUUCUGGGAAGGUCUACCACAGCUGUUGCUGAGGGGGAGUCUGACCUCAAUGAGAUUGCUAAGGUUAUCUCUGGCAAGCAAGUGAUGCAGUGGCCCAAAAAGGGUUUGUUACCAUCUGGGAAGCUAACUGCCAAGUUUACUGUGUUGAGCAAAAUUGGUGCUGCAAAUUGGCUUGCAACAAAUCAUACUUCUGGAAUUACUAUCCCUCUGGCCAAGUUAAUCUUCUGGAUAGGUACUGGGGCUAUGAUGGAUUUUGGACAACAUGUGUUUGAGCAUACCUUCAAACAUGUUGGUUCCUAUGCUGUGAAAUUGUCAAUCAUGUUCCCAUGUCUCAUUACUGAGUUGAUUCUUCAGCAACAUCCUAGCAUCUUGCAGGCUGAUGAAGCCCCCAGUAAGAAAGGAUUGCCUCUGAAUUUUGACUAUAGACUGUUUGCUGGGACACAUGUGCCAAACAUUGUGUUAAAUGCUCCCAAGGAUGCUCCUAGUGCUAGUGGAACCAAGGGCGUGACUAGUACUGGCAAAGAUGACAUCUUGGCAGAACUGAAGGAAAUUUCCAAGACUCUUCAAGCCACCAUUCAAGCUAGCAAGGUCAGGAAGCAUAAUGUGGAUCAGCUCAUCAAAAUGCUUGCUGCACCAGCUGAUGAUGAGGUGAGUGAUCCUGCUGAUGAUGAGGAUGCUGAGGCAGACUUGGAUGAGGAGGAUGAUGAUGAGGCACUGUCAGAUGAUGACAAUGUGGAGGAGGAAGGAGAAUAUCCUACUGAUGCUGAUUCAACUUCUGAAAGCACUUCUGAGUAG